AUGAUUCCACGAACUACAAAAUGCCAAAAAUGUCACCGAUAUGUAUUCAAAAGACUAAAUACUACAUCCUCAGUUAGUCCUUUCUCCUACAUUCAUGCUGAUGCUUUAUCAGAUAUCAGUAAAGAAGAGAUUGCCAAACAUAUAAAAAAUCUUGGUCCCUUUCCCACAUAUUCAAAUAUCUUAAAUCCUCAACAUUUUUAUCAAAAUGCUGUACUACUAGAUUAUUCCAAAAGAGAUCCUCAUCCAGUAUCAUUAAGACAAUUAGCUGGAUUUGGAAAUACAUUAACUAAACAAAAAAUUAUAAAUAGUGCAAAUUUUGUAAGAAUUGAAUUACCAAUAAGAUUAGCUUUAAGAAUUCGAGAUUUACAAACAUUACCAUUUGGAGUUGUAAAUAAUUUCCAUUUAGCUCAAAUUUAUGAAAGUUAUUAUCAUCUGUUUAAUGCAUUUAGAAAAAUCCCCAAGAUCAAUACAAUUGAAGAAAAUGAAAAUUUUUGUAAAACUUUAUCAACUUUAUUAGAUGAUCAUUUAUUUAAUUUAUCACAUUUAUUAAUGGGUGCUUUAGAAAUAUCAAUAGCUGAAAGUUUACCACAACAUGAAUUAGAUUCAUUUAUGAGUUCAAUGUUAAGAUCAAGAAUAAGUAGAAGAGUUAUAGUUGAAGAACAUUUAUCAUUAAGUGAAAAUUAUUUAAAAAAACCAUAUGAUAAAAAACCUCCUCAUUAUUUAGGUGAAAUGUUUCAAAAUUGUAAUGCAGUUGAUCAAUUUAAUCAAGUUUCAUCAAUGAUAAAAAAGUCAUUAAUUGAAAAAUAUCCAGAAAUUGAUUCCUUACCUGAUUUAAAAAUUGAAGGUGAUUUAAAUUGUAAAUUUCAAUUUAUGAUACCCCAUUUACAUUAUUUAAUUCAUGAAAUUUUAAAAAAUUCUUAUGAAGCUACAAUAAAUUUUCAUAAAGAUAAACCACCACCAAUAAAAGUUACUAUUAUAGACCUGAAAAAAAAUGUUUUAUUUAGAAUUUCAGAUCAAGGAGGUGGUAUAAAUCAUAAUAAAUUAAAACUGAUUUGGUCAUUUGGUAAAUCACCAGAAUUAGCAAGAAAAAGUUUAGCAAAUUUUCAUAGUAUACCAGGUUUACAAUUAUAUUCAAAUUUAAAAGUUACUGCAUCAGGUUCAUCAAUUGUUAAUAAUAAUAAUGAUGAAAAUCAAUCAUUUAUUGAAAUGCAAGAAAAAGCUAAAAAAAAAUCAACUUUAUCUGAUUUAAUGUCAAGACCUCAAGAAUUUAAAUUAGGUAUGGGAUUACCAAUGUGUUCUGUAUAUGCAGAUUAUUGGAAUGGUAAAUUAGAAAUGAAUUCAUUAGAAGGUUAUGGAAGUGAUACUUCUUUAACUUUAAGUAAAUUAGGUUAUCAUAGUAAUAUUAUUCAACUUGAUAGAGCUUGA